UUGUUCGUUUAUACCAUUUAGUUGUGCAGCUGAUUCCGAGCGAGAAGCCUCAAACUGUUUCCUUCAAAAAGUGGUCUUCCAGGAAAGUGGCACAUCUUCGCAUCUGGAAUAGUUGAAAACCUUGUAUUCAGUAUGGGUCAGAACGAAUCAACGUCAUCGGGAAAUGCAGGAGCAAGCGCAACCGGAACUAUCACCCCUGCUAACCCUUUCGACAAGGAUGCAGACGCCACGGCUCUUUACGAAGCUAUGGCCGGAUUUGGUACGGACGAGGAAGCCAUCAAUGCCAUCCUUACCAAGAGAUCAAACAGUCAAAGACAGGAGAUCAAGGAAGCUUUUAAGCUCAAGUACGAGAAGGAACUCGUUGACUGCUUGAAGGAUGAACUGAGUGGGGAUUACAGAAAGACCAUCAAUGCCAUGAUGGCCGAACCUCCCGUAAUGAUAGCGCGAUGCAUCAAAGAAAUUUGCGAAUGUGGAGGUGAUGACAUGGAGAAGGCUUUACUCGAGAUCAUCUACCCAUUAAAUCCAAAUGAUGUGAUGGCUAUCGCCGCUGCAUAUAAAGAGACUUUCACCACUGACUUGACCGAAGAUGUGAUGAAAGCUGAUGAUAAGGGAGCGUUCAAGAAUGUGAUCGGUAACAUCCUAGUGGGGGAACGUUCAACUGCGGUACUGCCAAACAUGGUCCAAGCAGCUGACGAUGCUGCUUACUUUUUCAAAACGAAACCAGAGGAUUGGCAGCUGCCUAAUGAACGCGUCGAGGAACUCUUCGGCAAGGCCAGUAUCACCCAGCUGAGUCAAACCUUCGCCCAAGCCAAUGCGCAAUUCCAGGCCAACAAGCAGAGUUUGGAAACAGUUGUAAAGGGUAGUAAAAUGGCUGAAAAUCAGAAAGCUGCCUUCAGUAUUAUUUUCGAGAGUAUCCACCAGCCGAUCCUCUUCUACGCUGACUCUCUGUACUACGCGAUGAAGGGAUUAGGUACCAAUGAUGAUAAACUCAUUCGAAUCGUCGUGGGCAGAUCUGAGAUCGAUCUGGCUUCUAUAAAGGCGUUGUUCAUGGAGAAGUACGCUACACCGCUAGCUACCAUGGUCACUGAUGAUACCAGCGGAGACUAUAAGAACGUACUUCUUGGUAUUAUCAACGCCAAUGAGACAGCCACCACUCAAUCGGCAACCAACUAGUCAUCGCAUCAACUAGUCAGCACAUCAACUAGUCAUCGCAUUAGUCAGCAAAUCAAAUAUUCAGUACAUCACAAAUUCAUCACAUUUGUUCAGCGCAUCAAUUAGUCAUCAUAUCAAAUAGUCAGAACAUCAAAGAGUCAAUGCACCAACUAGUCAUAGCAUAUCCCAGUCAACUCAUGAACCAAAUAACUAGUCAGUAUAUUAACUAGUCAUCACAUCACAUAUUCGAUGGCGGCACCAAGGGCAGAUGGGGGGGGGUAUGGAGACAUCCCCUAGUUGAAAUGCCCUCCCCCCCUCAUUUGUCCCGGGGUGAACUCUGAAAAAUGAAUGAAGGGGAAACGAAUGGAGAGUAAUCCGCCUAUGCACACCUUCAUUUCAAUAUGCUCUCGAUUAGCCUUAUCACUAUAAAACAUCCUACGCUACAAAUAAUUGUCACAUCAACUACAACUAGGGGCGGAUCCAGGAUUUUCUAAAAGGGGAGCACAUUUUCCGAUGAAAAUUUGACCAAAUUUUUUUUUUUUUUUGGGGGGGUUCACCUAAAAUCGGAGGUCAUUUUCUUGGCAGAAAAUUUGAAAAGCAAAAGAAAGAAAACAAAAUGUCCUCACUUUCAAAGGGGGGGGGACAAUUGGGUAAAAGCGGUUUAUUUACAUUAAAAAUUUUAAUUAGGGCUCUUAAAAGGGGGAGCACGGAUUGGCUGUGCCCCCCUCCCCUGGAUCCGCCAGUGACUACAACUUAUUCAUCAUUUCAACCAGUCAUCACAUCAAAUAAUCAUCAUAUCAACUAGUCAGCAAUCGAAUCGGGUCGUGUGGUCCAGUGGUUUGAGCAUUGGACUCGUACUCGCAAGGUUGUGACUCAUAAUCGCAAAGUUGUGAGUUCGAAUCCAACACUGCCAUUGUCUCCACUUUGAUAAAAAGGCCCAAGAGUGAUAUCUGUCGUCUAUU